UCGAGGACAGUAGUUAGGUGUCCCUGGUUUGAAAGCCAGCUGUCCAUCCCUCGUCCAUCACCACAGUCUUUUUUUCUGUUUCUUCUCUUUCACCCCCCCAAAUAUCUCUCUCUCUUUCCCAUAUUUCCUUUCUUCUUCUGUUGAUUUUCCCAUCAUCUCUUCCCUCUCUGGAUCCGGGCGAGAUAUGAAGCGUCACCAUGGGUUUCAUGGAAUUCUACCUGGAGAUUGACCCCGUCACCCUGAACCUGAUCAUCCUGGUCGCCAGCUAUGUCAUCCUGCUCCUGGUCUUCCUCAUCUCCUGCAUCCUGUACGACUGCCGGGGCAAAGACCCCACCAAGGAGUACGCCCCCGACAACACACCGGCGCCGCCCAGCCAGUCGCCCAUACGCCUGGUGGUCAUGCAGAACUCUCCUGCCUCGUCCCGCUACGAGCUCAACAACACGGCUGGCCACGGCGAGCUGCCGACGCCAGACCUGAGCCGAGACAGAGGAGAGAGGGAGCGGGAAAGAGAGAGGGAAAGGGAGAAGAGGAGUACUCUGGUCUGAGGAAGAGGAGGAGGAGGGAGGUUCUGACUGACAACCAUGAAGUGCUGUUGUAUCACUUUGUACACUGUUUUUAGUCCUGGACUCUUAUUUUUACUUUUUAACAUCCCUGGACGGUGAUGAAGAGCUGCUGUAGGUCAGCAGGAGGGUCUCAGCCACACCUGCUGAAAAAACAACAAAUCCCAGAAGCCCCUUAAAUUCCUGCCAUUGGCCUCCAUCCACCUGCAGCACACAGCUUCUUCAGCCUGAACCGUCGAAUGGACUCCGUUACAUCCCAGCAGAGGCUGCUGAGCACCCAGUGACGUCCAACAGGUCUGACUUCAACCAGUUCACUGAGGUAUAAUCAUCUUCUGGGACACUGGAGACAUUCGGACUUGGACUCUGCCUCAUCAGGACCUGCUUGCAGUAACACUAACAGACGUUACAGUGUACUGGGACUGAGGCGUUGCCAGCUGGCGUGUUGGACAGUGGCGGAAGUGAAUCACGUGACGGAUACUACGUGGAACAGUGACUGAUUACUUGAUCAAAGAAAGGAGGAUGUUUUUGGUCAGUAACCAAAGCUGACACCAUCAUCAGCACAAAUAAUGUCAAAAAACAUAAAAGUGCAAAACAGAGAUACCUGAGAAAGGCUUUCAUGGUGAAGGUAGCCCCAUUUGUGAGCUCAUAGCUCCGCACAUUACUCUGUGAUUUUUACCUGCUAGCAGCAGCAGGUUGUAAGUGCAAAGGUAUUUUCAUGAUUUCAUACAUACCGUCUGCGUUUAAAACCAACAUUUUCACCAACUGCCCUGCUCUUUUUCUUCUUCGCUGAAUAUUGCUCAGCUUGCUCAUGGUGGGAUCGAAGAGUUCGGUCUAGACCUGCGCUGUAGGAAAAGUGCAGCGAGAUACCUUCUGUUAUGAAUUGGCGCCAUAUAAAUAAAUGAAUAAACUUACUAUAGUGUGUUAAGGCCGCCUUGCGAGCGGUAGCAGGCCGGGGCAGUGUGCAGAAAUACUGGGUUUAAAUGCUGAAAGCUAAAUCUCAAGAAGACUUCGAUGAGAAAACCUGAACAGGCAGUUAGCCAGAAAACUAGCCAACAGGCUAAUGCUAACUGCUAAAACUAGCUUCAACAAGUUAGCUAACAGUAUCUAGGUAUAAAAAGAUGGGUCAGAGGUAAAAUGACCAGCUCAUAGCCAGACAUAACCGACCAUGUCUGUUCAUUUCUGCUGAAACAGAUGUUGUGUUCCCCAGCCUAGCUCUUCAAACUGCUGCGAAACAAAUAAAGGAGCCAUGUUGGAGCUGCCGCCGUCAAGCUUUUCCUGCUAUGACAAGUCAAAAGUCUGCCGUCGUAAAGGUCAAAACAGUUAAAACAGAUUGUCAUUCAGUGUAGAGAGAUAUUUCUCUGGUUGUGUUUUUUGGUGAAAACACCAUGACGCUGCUGCUCACACACACCACUGUUUUCAGGCUAACUUCGAUGUUUCAGCCUCAAUUUUAGGAUUAUAUUGUUUUUCUGUGGGUGUGAGAAGUCUCUGACACUGGGUUUAUGAAAAGUGUUUUAAACUGUUUAAAUAACCUUUAAAAAUCUUUUUUUUACAAUUCUGAAAUGUCCAAAUGUAUCAGGUGAUGUAUAUAUGUAACCUUUAUUUAAUCAGGUAAUGAUGAUGUAAUCUUUUUAAGCUCUACCAAUGUGCAACAUCAGAACCGCUCAGUUCAAUCUUUUUAAAUUUAUAACUACAUGAAUCCUCAGUAAAAUCAGCAGUUUAUUAUUAUCUGAAGCAGUUUUACAGCCUGAGGGAGAAGGGAACUGUAAAGCCGCUCAGGGCCCCUCAUCCACUUUGGGCCCCUGAACAAAAUGAAAAUGUGAACUCUUUUUGGGGUCAUAAAACUGAGUUAUUAAACAUGCACUUCCUAAUUAUGUUGUAGCACCUAUAGUAUCUUCAGCCUGGAGCAAGCCUGGAGUACCAACCCAGCAAAGUGGGCCCCAGACUCCCAGGGGCCCCAAAAGGUUCACCUUGUGUGAAUUGGUUUCUGGUAAUUUGAUUAACUGCUAAUUUGUCAGGGAAUCUUUAAUUUCCUCGUAAAGAGGCCCUUCAAAAUGUAUAUUUAACACCUGUUUUAUUUUAAUCCCUAAAUAAACGUGUGUUCAUCAAAUUACCAGAAGGAAAUAAACCCACAGACCAGGGGCCAGAUACUAAGAGAUUCAUUCGUCUGUGUCUGGGGGACAUUUAUGGAUUUGGGAAAGCUAUACUAAAUUUUGGGAUUUGGGAACGAUAUGAGUGUCUCUUCAAGCUUCAACAGUAUCUCAUGUUUUCAUGUAUUUUUUACGGCGCUGGACAGAAAAGAUGAAUUUUCUGUCUUUGACUGAGUCUAAAUGUCAGAAAUGAUAGGUAAUUGUUACCAUGCACAUCUGUUUGGAUUAAUCUCGCUUCCUUCCUGAAACGACAAAAUCCUCCUCGACCAAAAAGACUCUCGCCUCCCACGUCAGGCCGUCCCCUCUGCUCAUUGGCUGUGGCACCGUCUGACAGAUGAUCCAACCCCGAGUCUUUAGAGGACCCGUGCCACAGAGUCCCUCACUGGGACAAAUCCUCUUACAUAAAAAAAAAAACAGCACACAGCCAGCUGAGCAGCCCACCAAUGGCUGCAUCCCAUCCAAUAUGAAUUGCACAAUUAUCCACCCCCCUUCCAUAUUCCAUGUCUGUGGAUUAUAUGGUGACCGCUGCAGAGUAUUAGGAGCAUGUAUUAUGUAUUUGUUUUUGUCCUGUGCUGUAUUUUUGUCCGUGGGGAGGGUUACGUAAGCUUCAGGUUGUCAACAGGCUGAGAGCUCGUCAUGUUCAGGCCUGACCUGACAGCUGAUCUGAUUCCUACAUGAGGCUCAGAGACCGGGCCUCGCCGCCGCCGCACGCAACGCUGAAGAUCCGGCCACCAACCGGACAACCGGUCUGUGACGUCAGAUGCGGUCCAGACUGCUCGGGAAAGACUUUGAUGAAAGCGCCACCAAAUGGCAUCACAGUCUUCCUUCAGACGACAGAUACUCCGGUCCGCUGAAACACUUGGACACGCUUGAAUAAAAACAGAAAAACGGAAACAGAGCAGCAGCAGUCUGAAAGUUAUUGUCCGCUUCAACACAAGCUGAACUGCUGCUGUGGAGAAAAGCUGUAAAACGGGAAUGUGGCGUCUCGUUGUUUCAGCACAACACUUGCUGAUAACGGCAGCAGCGUUUGGAUGUUUUGUGUUCAGGCAUCUAAACUGCAGAAUACCUUUCAAAUGAAUUUAAACACACAUGUGAUGAGGGCAUGUGAUGUAACGUGUGAUGCACGUUCAUCUGAUGCAAAGAGAAGAGAGGCUUUGUACCAGCUGGGGAGCUAGAACAAACACUGCUACUACUGAUACAAUCAAUGCUUACUUAACCAUACCAUAGCUGCCAUGUACGCGGGCAUGGGAUGUAAAAGAAGGUAAUCCAGCGUGUUGCAGAAUUAUCCAAUAAUGACGUUCUCGUCUGGUGACAGGGUCGUGUUGAAAGCUCCAGAAAGAGCUAGUCAGUGGACCUUGAGUUUAGAUGAUUUCGUCAAAUAAACAAAUUCAGAUUCAAAUGACUGUUGGAGAGUUUAGUGGACUGAAAAACAAUGCAAAGCGUGCCGAGCCGCAGAGCGACACGUCCAUCGCCACACCUGACGCAACAAACGUGACUCAUGCAACAAGUCAACGUAGAAAUGCAACUUUAUUUUUCCUGUUUAUUGAUUCGCAGUGACAGAUUUAUAUCCGCACUUACAUCAUGAGUCCGGUGAGCUGAUAAAAACCAACACUGAACAAAGCACCCGGGGUUAAACGAACAGGAAGUGAGCUUUAGAGAAACGGCUUUGGGUCGUUUGUUGCGUCUUGUUUCCACCUCUGGAGAAGUGUUCAUUGCACAUGUACUGAUUUCUUUUAAAUAGUUGUGUAAGCUGGUGCUCACGAGUUUUGUUGUUUAACACUGAAGCAUGAAGUCGUCUUAUUCCACAGAGAAAUGGGAGCUGGUUAUGUUUUCAACACUUAUCUUUAUUUUGGGAGAUAAUCACAGAAAUGAUUCCAGUGUAUUUAAUAAUGUCUUCUUUCUUAAACCUGUUAUUGCGUAACGACAAUAAUGUGACCAGAACUUUAAAAGGUGCAUUAAGGUUUUAUUUAACCCUGUAAACAAGCAAAUGUGCAAAUCUAUGAAUAAAAGCUGGAAACUGAA